CGGCGCAACCGCAAUUCUACCAUCUAAAGGCAUUGACUUUAUUAUAAAGCAUAUGAUGUAAUAUUUAAAAGAAAAGAAGGAAGAAUAAAAUUGACUAAUUUGUGUUUGUCAUCUUCAAAAUUAUUAAGGCUUUUUUUAUGCUAAAUCCUCUCGUACAUUUUUUCUUCGAUCGCUUGAGUGUGACGACUAUCUCCUCCGACCGACCAUCAUAUGGUGCUUCUUUCCAUGUCUACUGACCAAUGGCAUCAAUUCUAACUCUGAGGAAAUUAGUUUCAGCCUGCUAAAUGGUUCUGGAAGGUUAUAAACUCGGACUUAAUUCUACAAUACAAUGAGUGCACCUCAAAGUGGAUAUAUUGGGCUUCCGUUAAUAAAUUUGGUCAGAUUUAAAGGACUUUCCAUUUUGAAGCAACUUCAUUUGGAAGAACAACUGCUUCGAACGACAUCAGAGAAUUGGUGCAUUGUGAAUGAUGGAACUGACGAUCCUACCAUUGUCAUGGGUAUCUCAGGGUCAGCUGCAGAGCUAAUCGAUACCAAGUCAGUGCUACGAGAUGGAGUUUCUGUAAUCAGGAGGUUUAGUGGAGGUGGUACUGUUAUUGUUGAUAGUGGCACGAUAUUUGUUACUUUGAUAUGCAACAAAGAGGCUAUUGCUGGCUUGCAACCUUAUCCUCGACCUAUUAUGUCCUGGAGUGGCAUUCUUUAUAACAGAGUGUUUCAAGGAAUUGGUGAUUUCCAUCUUCGUGAAAAUGAUUAUGUAUUUGGCACUCGUAAAUUUGGUGGGAAUGCUCAGUCUAUUACAAAAGACCGAUGGGUCCAUCACACGUCUUUUUUGUGGGAUUACGAUGUCAGCAACAUGGCCUACCUAAAACACCCGAAACGGGUUCCAGAAUAUCGACUGGCAAGAGAGCACAUGGAAUUUAUAUGCCGAAUGAAGGAUUAUAUGCCAAGAUCAUUGUUUAUAGACAAAACAGUAGAGGCGCUUGAAACUGAUUUCACCGUGAGAUCCAUUGAGCCAAAUGGUUUGCAGGCUUUAUUGAAUACAAACUUUUGUCCCUCAACUAGGCUCUUGACCAAGAAAGAGUUGGACGUUGCUGCUUUUGCUUCUCAAAUUGAGAGCUCUCCUCUCUCACUCUAAUAAACUUCUUGAAUCGGAGAGUUUGUUAGUUGUCAAUUGGUGCUUAAUUCAAGUGAAACGCAUUUAUUUUUAACAUUUUUGUUUCAAAAGAAAUACAUCGAUUGUACUUGCAAUAAUUAAGUAGAUGGCUAAAGAAGAUAUUAGCUUUACUUUUUGGUCACUGGUCAAUUUGAUCGGAAAGACUUAACAUUCAUGUUGAGUUUCAUAUUCAUGUUUUGUUUUUGUUAAAUAUUUAUUGUUUACAAUAUGAGAAGGAAUGACUAAUUGUAUAUCUUCCUCA